AUGUUGGCCAAAAGGCAGCAGACAAUGAGAGAAGCAAGCAACAUCAAGGUUGUUUGCCGUUUCCGACCAUUAAUUGAUAUUGAACUCCAGCUUCCAGAAAACAAAGCAGAGCAUUACUCCUUUCCAGACGACUCGACAGUUAGUGUGGCACAUAGCAAUAGCAAUCCGGAUAAUUUUAUAUAUGACAAAGUUUUCCCUCCAAACACAGAGCAGCCUGAUAUUUUUGAAUGUGUAGGAAAACCUAUCAUUGAGGAUAUUUUAGCUGGAUACAAUGGUACUGUUUUCGCAUAUGGACAAACAGGUUCUGGCAAAUCCUACACUAUGAUGGGUUUGGAUAUUUAUGAUGAUUUAACAAGAGGAAUCAUCCCAAGAGCUAUUAGCUUGAUUUUUGAUUACCUGUCAAAUGCUAAGGAUGAGGCAGAAUACACCUUAAAGUGUUCGAUGCUUGAAAUUUAUAAAGAAACUUUAAAGGAUUUAUUGGGGAAUAACACAAAUUUGAAAAUUAAAGAAGAUCCGAGGAGAGGGAUUUAUGUUCAAGGGCUAACUGAGAUGUAUGUGGUUUGUGAGGAAGAAAUGGUUGAAGUUUUGUCUUUAGGGGAAAGCAAUAGAACUGUAGCUUCAACAAAAAUGAAUCAAGUCAGCUCAAGGAGUCAUCAGCUUUUUAUGCUUGAGGUCAAUCAAAAAUUUCCCAAUGAUACAGAGAAAAGAGGAAUUCUGAAUCUAGUUGACUUAGCAGGCUGUGAGAAAAUCAACCAAACAGGAGUGACUGGGAAUAAGCUUGAAGAAGCUAAAAAAAUAAACUUGUCUCUCAGCGCUUUGGGGAAUGUUAUUCAUGCUUUAACCAGCAAUCAAGAGCAUAUUCCUUACAGAGAUUCAAAAUUAACUAGGCUUUUGCAAGAAUCCUUAGGUGGUAACUAUAAAACAACCCUUAUAGUGAAUUGUUCACCUCACCCAAGAAAUCUAGAAGAUACAUUAAACACUCUCAAAUUUGCUCAGCGUGCGAAGACUAUCAAAAAUAAAGUUAAGCUAAACAUAAAAAGAUCUCCUGAAGCCUAUAUGAAAAUGAUUGCAAAAUUAAAGAAAAAAUUAGCUGAUGCAAAAGAUGAAAUAAAAAGACUCAAAAAAUCUCUAAAGGAAAGCUCUCCUACCAUACCUCAGCAAAAUUCUCCAUCAUUGCCAACAGAAGAAGAUCAGAAAUCAGAAGACUUCAGGAGUACUGAAGAUAUUGGAGUCUCAUUUGCUAUUGAUAAACGAAGAAUUUCCUUACUUCCCCCGCCGUGAGCGAACAAACAAUUGGAGAAAUCCUUAUUUUUUUUUUCCAAAAAAACCCACCCUCUGUGCGUGAACACAAAUUUUUUCAAUAGAAACUGUAUUUAUGAAAAAAAUAUUUUGAUAUAUAAGUGAUAAUUUGGAUACUGAAAUCUCUAUUAAAUUUCGAACAGCUCUCAUUUCAAACAUAGAAUUUACAAAUUAAUUUUUGCUUCUCAAUUUUUACGAAUUGGAAUUUUUGAAAAAAAAAAAUACUAUGAAAUUUAUAUAUAAAUUUUUAAAAAAAAAAAAUUAACCCCCACCAUGAGCGAGCAAAGUUUUUUUGUUCGCUCAAGGAGGGGGGAGCUAGUGGAUGAUUUCGGGCAAAAUGAUCAAAUUAUUGAAGAGCUUUAUUCUUUAAAGCAGGAUAAAGAAAAUUUGGAAAGCAAGGUAAGCGAGCUUGAAGAUGAGCUGAGCAGAGAACAAAGAAAAAGAAUAAAAGCUGAAACAUCUUCUUCAGAAUCCUUUGAAUGCUACAAAAAACUGCUGAUUAUGAAGCAAACUGACGAAAAUGCUUACAAGGCGAUUGUAGAAGAAAACAGAAGUCUGAAGAAGCAGAUAGAGAUGCUAAUAUCUCACUUAAACCAAGCCAAUAAUAGGUUCAGCGAUAGCUUAUCAAAAAUAAAAGCAGGAGAAACAGUCUUAACUUAAUUACUAAUAGAUAAGUCCCUACAGGCUGGCAGGCCACUACUCGCCUCCGUAUAAUGCUCUACCGCGUGCUUGCCAGUCUGGGCACGGCCUUCCACUGUGUUGCUCCUUACGGACUAGGACUUGCACUCGCUACCCGAGAGCCAGAGACUCUGGGUCACCAUGCUGCACGCAAGCGGGUUUGCCUAUUCCGAAAAUUUGAAAAAUCGAAUUUUCUGGUCGAGCUGCUAACUAAAUGGACCCCCAGGUCCAGACACAACGCUUGUAUCGCGGUAAGGAUUUUCGAUUAGCCAAUUGGUUACCUCUGACCUUGCUGAACUUCCGCUUUCCAACUCCAGUGAACGAUUUCCCCACGAGGAAAAACCCUAGACUGGAUGUGAGCAUGCUGUCAGCUAAGCCCGACAUUUGCUUCACCAAGUCAAGUAAAACCUGGCUUGAUAUUCAUUUCCGAAUACUGUCCUUCCUUCCACAAGAUCCCCGGCUUUCCAAUAAAUCUAUCUGCUAUCGGUUCUAAGAGUGCAGAUGGCCCACCCCCAUGUAUGAUCUUCAGGAGAAACAGUUAGUGAGUGAGAGUUCAUCGAUGCAACUGUUGAUGCUGCCUUAACAGGCGAAAUUCCUGUGCAAACUGAAGAAACUUCCCUUUUGAUGACAAAGAUUAAUGAAGUGGAAAUUGACAUGCCAUUAAACAUUUCUGUGCUGAAAACCCAAGACUUAUACUCCCAAGAACUUUGUACAGUCCUCGAAGACAACUCCGAUAUCAGUUCAGAAAUCGUUGCAUUCCAGCUUAGAAAGCAAGUUAUUCAGUCAGGUCUCAUCAAUUGCGAGCUUAUAAGGAGAAUCUAUGACCUUCAAUGGAAAUACAAUUUACUAAAAGAAAAAUUCAACUUGAAAUUGAAGCUCUCAAAAUUCCAAGAAAACAAAAUUGGAGCCCUUGAGCAGCUUGUAGACCAUCUGCAUAACUCAUUUAACAAAAUCAUAAAUCUUAUGAAUAAGCUUGAAAAUGAGCACUGGGGCAAAGAAAAAUUGUCAGAUCCAACUCCAAAAGGGAAGUUCAUAAGAGGUAUAAGGCCAACUAUAAUAAUGGACAAGCCAGAUAUAAGAAGGUCAAACCGAAUGAAUACUGCAUUGAAUUACAAGUUGUUUUCUCCGUCUCCUAGAUUUGAUGAUAUAACCCCUAGAUUUGCAGGGCUCAAAGCUUCGUUCGGGGAUCAUGGCGACCAAAAUGACCCUUAUAAGGUCAGAAGUCUUGAAACAAAUUUGGAAGUGCAGACACUGUUUAAUCAGCAAAUAAAAAAUGGGUAUGAAAUCGCCAAAUCUGAAAGUACGACUUUUAAGCUAUUACUAGAGACAUAUCAACAUGAAAAUUUGGAAGUCUACUUAAAAGAAAAAGAUAGGUGAAAAGAAUAUGUUGAUUCUUUAAAAAAUUCUUGUGAGAAAGAACUGGCAAGAAAACAAUCAGAAAUUAAUGAGCUGCAUGAGGUGCUGGGAAGGUGGAUUAAUAUGUUUUUGGAUUUGCAAGAAAAAGCUGGGAUACCGAGAUCACAAGAUGAAACUGAUGCUCCAGGCUUGAAGCGAUCUCUAACAAAAGAAUAUUAUUCCAAAAUAGAAGACUUAAUAAAGCAAACCAAAACAGUGGCCAGACCUAUUAAAAUUUCAUUAAACGGAUCUCCCUUCCAUUUGAGGUUUCGAAAGCCAAGUUCCCUUUCAGUUUUCUCGCAAAGUGGAGAUAAAAGUCCUCCUGUAGAUGAUUAG